CGAGGGCUCAUCUCUGAGGCGAGUGACGAUGACGUCAUCAGAAACGGACAUUGUUGUCUUUCUUGAAAUGUGGGAAGCGUUUGUCUUUUUAUUUGUUUCGUUCUAAAUACCCUACUCGUACUUUAACCACUACGACUUGAAAUGGCUGACUACUGGAAGUCACAACCAAGGAAGUUCUGCCAGUACUGCAAGUGCUGGAUUGCCGACAAUAAGCCUAGCGUUGAGUUUCACGAAAGAGGGAAGAAUCACAAAGAAAAUGUGGCUGCAAAAAUCUCUGAGAUUAAAAAGAAGAGUGUUGACAAGGCCAAGCAGGAGGCGCGUAUGUCAAAAGAGUUUGCGGCAAUGGAGGAAGCUGCGCUGAAGGCUUAUGAGGAAGAUCUGAAGAGGAUGGAAAGGGAGUCGGCAGGAUUACCAGCCCAAAUACCCACACCGCCACAACCACAACCACCGGUAAAACCUCCUAUUGUAAUAAAUAAGACAAGACAUCAGGCCAAAAUUCAGAAAAAGCAAGAGAAAGAAAAAAAGAAGUUGAGAGCCCAAAAAGAGGCACAAACUUGGGUUGAAGGACGGACAGAAGAUGGACACGCGUACUAUUACAACAGCCUAACUGGAGAAUCUAAAUGGGAAAAACCAGAGGGUUUCCAGGGAGCAAAUCCAGCGCCUGCACAACCUGGACAGACGGAGAGCUCUUCAGGCUGUCCUUGGAAGGAAGCUGUCAGUCCUGAUGGUUAUAGAUAUUACUACAACUCAGAGACUGGAGAGACUAGCUGGGAGGAACCGGCAGGCUUUCCGAUUGAGCCACCUGGAACUGCGCCCUACAAAGGGCGAGAGAUUCAGAUGGAGCCUUCAACCACUCCGCUUGAGCCACCCCCAGGAGAAGAGGAGAAGUCCAGCGUGCCCCCCGUAUCUCAUCAAGCUGAAGCCCCCGAACAAGAAAGCCUGCAGCCCAAAACCCCAAAGAUCAGCUUCAGGAAAAGGAAAUCAGGAGAGCCAUCAGUAAAGGAGAGAGAAGCUAAAGUGAGUGACGACUCUCCUAAAGGGGAGGCUGAAGAGAUGAAAAAAAAGGAAGAGGUCCAAAGUGCGACGGCUGAACCUGAAGAGAAGAAGGUAGAGGCGGCUCCAGUGAGGAAACAAGCAAGAAGGGCAAAAACCACCAAUCCAUAUGGGCGCUGGGAAAAGAUCCAGGAGGAAGUGGAUCCAUACGCCAAGGUGGACUUGCAGCUUCCUAAGGUGGAGGGAAUCAUCGCAAGCAGCGCUCCGGCCGACAUCCCGCCGGAGCCAAAACCCAAGUUCAAGGAACGCAUCAUCACAUCCCUCGGAGUGGAAGGUGGACCUGCCUCGUUUAGGAAAAACAAGACACAGAACGGAAAAUCCAGGAGCAUCCGACAGAGAGACGACGAUGACGAAUGACCCAAAUUCAGUAGAAGUUGCAGAAUACUUCUAGACCCAUUAAAGGAUUUUUCUUUUUUACAUUAUUCGAGCAUAUUACAUUUAUUUUUAUUUUCUUUGCAUAUUGUUUGAGGACAAAUUUGAGAAGAACAAAACGACCACACAAAAAUAUCCACAUAAACUCAUGAUGAAGGUGUGCAACAUUUUUAGUCUUAGAAAUACAAUAUUGUCGAUUCAUCCGGCCGUUUGACGACGUCAGAUUUACUUAAAUACGACAAUUGUAAAAACGUUUUGUAUUUUCCAUAUUUGUAUAUUUCUUAUUGUGCAAACAUUGCAAUAUUUUUUUGUCAAAGCAGCCAUAUCCAAGAUGGCAACAUGAUCUCAAUAAAUGACUUUCUGAAUACUGAAAA